UGGGAGGCAUACAGUGUCGAUCUCUGUGUCAUGGUGGAGAGAUCAGUGAGGGGAAGAGUUGAGAAAGCUUUUCUUGCCGCGAAUUGAACACUUAGAGCAUCGAUUUUCUUUCCGUUUCGUCGUGUAGAUCGUGUUAUCUUGCACUUGCACUUGUUUACGUACAACUUGAAAUCUGCUGAACUCUGGGGAGACUGUGAGGAGCGUUGAUACCACUGACAAGAGAAAACUUGUGAGAUUUGUUUAAAAGGCAGCAAUUAUGGAUCCCAAAGUUGCUGCCCAAGGACAGCUUCAUGACAAUGCAGAUACUACUCAAAGUACCGCUGAUCUCACUGCGUUUGUGCAGAAUCUUCUCCAACAAAUGCAAACAAGAUUCCAAACUAUGUCGGACUCGAUCAUAACAAAGAUCGAUGAAAUGGGCAACAGAAUUGAUGACUUGGAGAAGAGCAUUGGAGACCUUAUCAAGGAGGUGGGUGUGGAACCUGCAACACCACAACAACCCAACAAUGGCCCAGCUGAUUCUUCGAAGAGUAGCAUUACUAACUCUUAGAUUGGAGACAUACUCCAUUUUUUUAUCUAGUCAUGCUGUCAAAAGCAACACCGACCUCUCACCAGGGAUUCAAUACAAAUGUUGGUUUCUUUGAAAGAAACCAAGGUGUAUAGUUUUUUGUGCCUGAGGUGAAUCUGACGAACAUAUUUUCAUCCCCCAGGUGUGUUGUUGCAUAACGGUUGAUAUUCCCUUAUCUAGUUUAUUCGAAGCCUAGAGAUAUCCAAGGCCAGUGCACCCGGAUUCAUAAGCUAGAAGUUUGACCCUUGAACGAGACAAAAGUGACUUCUUCACAUGCUUUUGCUGCAGAUUUCUAAAGUAGGUCUCUUAAUCUGUAAGUGGAGUUUUUUGUUUAUACAGUGAUUAAUCGC